GCCCCUCAGAAGCACCAGAAAUAUGUUUCUCAUGUUCUUGGUCUCCCCAUGUCAAAGGUAGUGUGCAAAACAAAGCGAAUUGGUGGUGGAUUUGGGGGGAAGGAGACAAGGUCAGCCUUUAUUGCUGCUGCAGCUUCAGUUCCAUCAUAUCUGUUAAAUCGGCCUGUGAAGCUCACACUUGACCGAGAUGUUGACAUGAUGAUAACUGGGCAACGCCAUAGUUUUCUUGGGAAGUACAAGGUCGGAUUUACAAAUGAAGGGAGGGUACUCGCAUUGGAUCUUGAAAUUUAUAACAAUGGCGGAAAUUCACUGGAUCUGUCACUUGCUAUCCUUGAACGUGCUAUGUUUCAUUCAGAUAAUGUGUAUGAUAUACCAAAUGUGAGGAUAGUUGGAAAGGUCUGCUUCACAAAUUUCCCUAGCCACACUGCUUUCCGUGGAUUCGGUGGUCCGCAAGGCAUGCUAAUCACUGAAAACUGGAUUCAUAGGAUUGCUGCUGAACUCAAGAUGAGCCCAGAAGAGAUAAAGGAAAUUAAUUUUCAGCAAGCAGGAUAUAUUUCGCAUUAUGGCCAGCAACUUGAGUACUGUACACUACACCAGCUGUGGAAUGAACUCAAGUUAUCCUGUGACUUUGUGAAGGCACGUGAACAAGUUGACUUAUUCAACAGUCAUAACCGCUGGAAGAAGCGUGGCAUUGCUAUGGUUCCAACUAAGUUUGGUAUAUCCUUUACAACAAAGCUUAUGAACCAGGCAGGUGCUCUGGUUCAUGUUUAUACAGAUGGAACUGUUUUAGUUACCCAUGGGGGUGUAGAAAUGGGGCAAGGUUUGCAUACAAAAGUUGCUCAGAUCGCCGCAUCAGCUUUCAACAUCCCCCUAAGUUCUGUCUUUAUAUCAGAGACAAGUACUGACAAGGUUCCUAAUUCUUCUCCAACAGCAGCUUCUGCGAGUUCUGAUAUGUAUGGAGCAGCGGUUUUAGAUGCAUGUGAGCAGAUAAAGGCACGCAUGGAACCUAUUGCUUCACGGAACAAUUUCAACUCAUUUGCUGAGCUAGCUGUUGCGUGCUAUAUAGAGCGAAUAGACCUUUCUGCCCAUGGAUUUUAUAUUACACCUGAUAUUGGCUUUGAUUGGAAGAUGGGUAAAGGAAAACCUUUUAGGUAUUUCACUUAUGGGGCUGCAUUUUCUGAGGUGGAAAUUGACACCUUGACUGGAGAUUUUCACACUAGAGUGGCAAACAUAAUUAUGGAUCUAGGUUUCUCUCUAAACCCGGCACUAGAUGUCGGUCAGAUUGAAGGAGCUUUUAUUCAAGGUUUGGGUUGGUUAGCUUUAGAAGAACUCAAAUGGGGAGAUGCAGCACAUAAAUGGAUUCCCCCUGGUUGCCUUUACACAUGUGGACCUGGAGCUUACAAAAUUCCUUCUAUCAAUGAUGUUCCUUUGAAAUUCAAUGUCUCACUUCUAAAGGGUCAUCCAAAUGUGAAGGCCAUCCACUCAUCUAAAGCCGUUGGCGAGCCGCCGUUUUUCCUAGCAUCGGCAGUGUUCUUCGCCAUCAAGGACGCCAUCAGAGCUGCAAGACUUGAAGUGGGAUGCGGUGAUUGGUUUCCUCUUGAUAAUCCAGCAACUCCUGAGAGAAUUCGAAUGGCUUGUUUAGAUGACAUUACAUCCUCACUUAUUAACUCAGAUUUCCAUCCUAAACUUAGUGUUUGACACUGCACUUAUUCGCUUGUUCAUUUUCUUAUUCAACAGCAUGUCAACAUACAAAGAAUGGAGCAGGAAAUAUAUAUAUGUACGCUUAAUUUGUUACAUUAAAUAAAUGCCACUUCCUCCUUAUUAUUCACAUUUGAGAUCUUCAAAGUUAA